AUGCGUGUGCCGCCAAAUUUUGCUUCACCACAGCAAGACUUGGAGAAGAAGCAAAAUGCAGCAUCCUCCUCCUAUCAUGAAUCGGAAAAGGAAAACCAUCCUCCUACCAUCCAUGAUGAUUCCUUUCUUUCCAUGAAUCCAAGUCAAGACAACUCUCGAUCUAUUUCAUCUCCAAUUUCAUCAUCAUUGACGCAAUCGGAUCGAAGGAAUUCUUCGACCACAACGUGUUCGUCGAAUAAUCGAAAUGAUGAGAAUCAUCAGAAUUCGAACGAAUGGAACACAUGUUUUUCGAGCUUCGAUGAAAAUUCUUGUUGUUCGAAUGAUGCUGAUGAUGAUGAUGGAACCACAACGUGUUGGAAUGACGCUUCGAAAGGCUUUCGAAAGAAUAAUGAUGGUUCGAAAAAUAAUCACACAAGUCCAUCAUCCUCUUCUGGCGCAUCAUCAUUGGUAUUGAAUCAUCAUCAACGAGUGGUUGUAGUAGUAGAUGAAACAAUGUCUCAAGGGACGGAAGAGUUGAAAAAGAGACCUCGUGGAAUUUCUUCCAAUUUUGGUGAAGAAGAUUCUGAAGCGAUGAGUAUGAAUGGUGUUGGACAUGAUGAUACUACAAUCGAUCAAGAUGAUUCGAUUUGUUUGAGAAAAAGAAUCAAUCCUUUGAAAAGUAAAAGAGUCAAGAAGAAUGACCAUCCAUUGACAUCUGACAGCUCAGCAUUCCAAGAUUCAUGGACCUUAUAUUCACUUUCAGACACUCCUCAAGAAAUGAUUGAAAUUAUUAUCAGUUUUCUAGAUGAUUCUUCUCGUGCAUUGGCAGCCUUGACCUGUUCCAAAUUUCACCAAGCAUGUGAAAAUAUUGUCGCUCGUGAAUUUACUUAUUAUUUUCAUCAAGAAAACAAUUCUCUCAUUCUUCCUUUGGCACAAGGUCCUGUAAGCACCAAUGACAUUGAAAAUGUCCAAAACAAGUUCAACAUGACUCUUCCAUUCCUUUUGAAAAUUUUUCUCACAUUAACCGAUGGAAGAGAGCCAUGGCACAACACAUUUAUUCAUUUUUCAAAUAUGAUACGACCUAUUCGAGAGUGGAAAUUAUUGAAACGAGAUGUUUUACUAUUAGGAACCACACUCGAUUCCAAUAUUCAAUUACUUGUCAAUUCCAACCAUGUCUUCUUUUUAAGGAAUGUCACACAAAAUUCAUUGGAGCGUUUACACUUUAAAGAUUGGAUUCAACGAAAGAAUUUUUCUUUUGAAUAUGUUCAUUACAAUAUUGAGAAAGUGAAUGAGCGCCGAGUACUUCCUUAUUCAUUGACUCAUUUCAAUUCAAUACACCAUGUUGUAUGGCAAAGAAGAAUAUUGUGCGAAACAUGUUGA